UUACAUACCUGACGCAGAAAAGUGAGGUGUUUCCGGCCCGACUGUUGUGGUUGAAGCCUAUGUUCAGAUGGCUCCCCGAGGGGUUGCGGUCCUGGUUGUUUCCACCUUCCUCUUGCGGCCAGGAAGUGGAGCCUUCGCUCCCUCGGCCGCGGAAAAGACGGUAUCCCAGUAGUCUGUUAAAUAAAGAAGACCCUGACCAAGAGCAAAUGAAACGGCAAAAACUUGGAAUUUUCUGUGCAUUUACCCAAAGGAUUGUCAGUCUAAUUAAGCUACCAUCACAGCUGACGGCUAAGUAUUUUCUGACUGGAAAUCAGGAAGCAGAAGCUACCAAUGAGUUUUUUCCAGAUGCUACUGAUGCUUUGGCUGCUGAGUUAAUGGAACCUACCUCUGGGAUGCAAAUCAUUGAACUGGAUAAAAAAGCAACUUAUUGUACCAGUGGGCAUCCAAAUGAAGAGAGAACUCCUAAUAGUAGCAGAGUUAUGCCCUCUUUAAGGAAUGACUGUGGUACCCGAAAGAAUAGCAAGACAAAUUAUAAUUCUUUUUCAGAGGAGUUGCUACCCUGGGGAACUGCAAUUCAUAGAAAUCUGUCAGAUGCUCCUCCUGUGAGUACAGGAAGGCUUUUUAAAAAACCUCAUUUUACAGUGGAAGAGGGAGUUCAACGAGACGAGAGAGAAAAAUACAAACAGCUACUUGAACAAGAAAAAGAAAAGAGCCCUAAAAACUACUCCACUCCCAUAGUAGCAAAGCACUCGAAUGUUCAAAGACAUGCAAGUGAGUUGUUAAAGUCUGGUUGCUGUGUGGAAGUAGAUGUUCCUCCAACUAUGACACCAAGGAAUGGUAUCCGAAGCUUUGAUUCUGUGUGCUGUAGAAGAGAUGUAAGCAGCUCAGUGAUUGUAGCUGAAAGAUCUUCAGACCUGGAAAACCUAAUCGCACAGAGAAAAGAGUAUGUAAACCAUUCCUCAGCAAGUGACUUAUCAGAGGAAGUGUUGCUUAGGUUAAACCUGGGUCAUGAAGGUUCCUCACGUAGAAGACGUUCUCAAGUUGAUCUAGAAGAACAAAAGUAUCUGGAUUGGGACAAGACUGCCCACUGCCUUCCUAUCCUUACAGAGGAUAUGGAGAGAGAGAUCACAAAUAUGCUGAGUCAUGGCCCAGAAGAUGAGGUUCUGAGUAGUGCCUUCAAACUGAAGAUCACACGUGCAGACAUUCAGACUCUAAGAAAUCAGCAUUGGCUCAAUGAUGUGAUCAUUAACUUCUACAUGAAUCUUCUGGUAGACCGAAAUAAAAGGCCAGGACUUCCAGUCCUUUAUGCUUUCAGUACUUUCUUCUAUCCCAAGUUACAUUCUGAAGGCUAUAAUAUGGUCAAAAAAUGGACAAAAGGAGUAGACUUGUUCCAGCAUGAUAUGAUCUUGGUACCCAUUCAUAUCCGGGUACAUUGGGGACUACUGGUGGUAGACAUGAGGAGAGAGACAAUCAAAUAUUUUGACUCAAUGGGACACAACGGCUAUAGGAUCUGUAAGAGAUUGCUACAAUAUAUGCAAGAAGAAAGCAAAGCCAAGAGAAACCUGGAUAUUAAUGCUUCGUCAUGGACACUUUACAGUGUGAAACCACAUGAAAUUCCUCAGCAGUUGAAUGGCAGUGACUGUGGAGUAUUUACUUGUAAAUAUGCAGACUUUAUCUCCAGGGAUAAACCCAUUGUAUUUACUCAGCAUCACAUACCUUAUUUCCGCAGAAGAAUGGUAUGGGAGAUACUUCAUCAGCAGCUGCUGUGAUACAAGGCCUCUGACAGAGGUGUGCUUGAACACCUUGAUAGCAAAAGAAGCUGUAUAGUCAGCUGGACUCGUCUUUGAAGACAAAGAAACUGGUCUAGUCUGUUUCAGAGAUGGGUGACACUCUGAAGGCUUAGUUGAAAAGCAGGUUCUGAGCUGAAAAUUGUUCCAAAGGAAUAAAACAAUAGCUUAAGAAUGGAUUUUAACAGAAUUAUGGUACCAGUUUAGUGAGAGACUGAUGAUGGCUACGAAUAGUGCUUUGACAUUCAAUGCUGAGUGGCUUUUGAAUUAUCUAAUAGCAUAAAGAAGAUGGCAAUAUACAUGUUGCCAUCUUCACAAAGACUCCACACUACUGUGUCAAGAUAUUGGUUCCACUCAUGAGGCUCUGAAUCGUAUUUUGGAGAAUAAUAAGCUUGCCACUUCCAUGUUGCUGAUAUGUCCAACUUGGUAACCUGUGAUUAGUGUUUACCACAGUUAACAUUAAUGCUUAGCACUAAGCCCUAAUUUGCUCAACUUGGGCAAAUUAUGAUCAGAAGCACUUAGAAACAGGAUGGAAUUGAUGUGCAUGAGGGAGAAAAGGAUUGAACAAGCCCCCAUGGCAUGUUCCCAGUCCUCCAAAGGGAUUUUCUGUCAUUGAAAGGCAGAAAACCUGUUUGCUUGUUCUAAAACUUAGAUUGUGUUUUUUGGAACGAUGGAAAAUUUUGAUUUGUAACAAAUCCAUAAAGAAGCCCUGAAAUGAGGGUCAGACGUUAUUUAAAGAUCUUAAUAUUGAAUGAGUAUUUAUUUGUAUUCCUGUAUUUAAAUGGAAAUAUGUUAUAUGGUUCUUGCAUAAACUGAAAAUGGAAGUAUACUUAUCUAAUAAAUGUAGCUUCAGUUCA